AUAUUUAGGGAAAUAAUUGGCGUUUCAGCAGGUAGCCACCGCAGUCACACUUGGCCACAAUUUUUGUUUUUGCGCUGUUAUUCCUGUUACUUUUUUUCGGCGUACACGCGUUUUGUUUUUUUGCGCGAUUAAUUAAUGAACUACGAUUAAUGGGGAGCGCAAGAUGCGAAUAGGGCAAUCGAGUGCGAAAAAUUGAAUAACGAGGAUCCAACAUCCGAAAUCAGCGGUCGGGGCCAGAGAGUGGUGCGUGCGUGUGUGUGUGGUUAGUGGUCGAGUGUGUGCGUGUGGGCGUUUAUAAAUAAAACGCUGCGAAGCUGUGUGCAAAUAGCAGACGCGGAUAGAUGGAAAAAAUAAAAGAAUGAGCACGACUGAAAACAAGAGCGACCUAAAAGAAAGUGUUUUUUAAACCGAAUAUUACAAAGUUUUUUUAAGGGAGCAGCGAAAAAAAAAAGCGAAGGCGAAAGUGCAUUAUUGUGCAGAGGAAGUGCGAAAGAGAGAGAGAGCGAGAGCGAAGAGCGAGCGUGAGCGACAGAGAGCUAUAUACAUAUAUGUUCCGAUUCUGAGAUCCGAUCCACUCCGAGAUCUGUCAACCCCGCCGUUAGGCAACACUGGAGCUGAGAGGAGCCACAAUCGAGUGCUUAAAUGGAUGCAACAUCAAUAAUCACGCAAGUUUCCCGCGACGAUGAGCAGUUGAACGUCUAUCCCAGCUAUCCCAAUGACAAAGACGAUGUAGAACGCCUGAAGCCACAGAAGCGAGGAUUCAUCCAGUCUCUGCUCUGCUGCUGGCGACGGAAUCGGACGAAAAGCAACCAAAAUGGGACACAGAUCGAUGGCUCGACAACACCGCCACCACUACCGGACCAACAAAGGUACCUACUACCUCAGGUUAGGCUCACCGAUAUGCACAGGAAGUGCAUGGUCAUCGAUUUGGAUGAGACCCUAGUGCACAGUAGUUUUAAGCCCAUACCGAAUGCAGACUUCAUAGUUCCAGUGGAGAUCGAUGGGACCGUACAUCAGGUGUAUGUUCUGAAGCGACCGCAUGUGGACGAGUUUCUGCAGAAGAUGGGUGAACUGUACGAGUGCGUUUUGUUUACAGCAUCACUAGCCAAAUAUGCAGAUCCAGUUGCCGAUCUGUUAGACAAAUGGAAUGUGUUUCGUGCAAGACUGUUUAGGGAAUCAUGCGUUUAUUACAGGGGUAAUUACAUUAAGGAUUUGAAUAGAUUGGGGCGGGAUUUGCAAAAGAUUGUCAUUGUGGACAAUUCGCCGGCCAGUUAUAUCUUUCAUCCGGACAAUGCAGUUCCUGUUAAAUCGUGGUUCGAUGAUGUGACCGACUGUGAGCUGCGAGAACUGAUACCGCUCUUUGAGAAGCUCAGCAAAGUUGAUUCCGUCUACUCGGUGCUCUGCAAUUCUAACCAGCCGCUGAACAAUCCGAGCAACCAGCAGCAUCCCCAGGAGCUGCAGCAGACGCCGAACCAACAGCAACAGCAACAGACCAUCUCUGCCACGACAGUUAUUACCCAGGCAACUACACUGUCUGCACCGACCAUCUUGAAUCAACAGCAGCAGCAGCAGCAACAGCAACAGCAGCAAAGUCCGCCCAGCCAACAGAACGAGCUGCUGCAAAAGACGUAACAUCAGUGGGAACUAAUGUUUAUAAAUAUAUGAUAAUUGUAUACAUAUUACAAGACCAAGCAAGCCGAUAAGCAAGCAAACUGAAAAGCUGAUCCCCUAAAAUGCCUCCUUUCGAUGGACUCAUUAACCCCCAGUCCCAACUACCAUGCUUAUAUGCUAGACCCCCGACACAUAUAGAUCCGCUCGACACCUAGACUUAAGCAUAAGUUUUAUAAUGAUAUACAUAAUUUUUACAGAACCCUAUUUACACAGCACAUUUGUUAUUUAUUAUUUUGUUUUGCUCUAUUUAACACUUUUUUUGUAAUUUUUUAAGUUGAACGUGUGUGUUUUUUUUUUAAAACUAACUGCUACUUGCUAAUUGCUAACUGCGUUUUGUACGUACCCCCGUCUAUGGGUACCCCCUUUAUAAUAAACCCCUAUGUAUACCCCUUGAAUCAUAAUUCUGUAAGCAUAAUUAAUGGAAAAAAUUAAUGGAAACUGAGCAGGCAAAAAGAUUUAAUGGCAAAAAUGGAAAAUAAAACAAAAAUGAUAAACUAUACAUAUGAGCAGAGAGAUAAAAUCAAAUUCAAAAUAGCUAUAUUUAUAUAUAUUUUUUAUUAAAAAAAAAAAUAGGAGACAAGGAGGGUAAAAAACACAAAAAAAAACAUAACAAAAAAAAAAUAUGAAAACUUAAAACAAAAAUAUAUAUGUGUACUAAAAGAAAAAUUUAUAUAUACAUACAUGGAUAUAUAUUUAAGGCAUGUGUCUACACAUGUUUCUAGCACUAAGGCAUGUAUAAUAUUUCGUAUAUUUAUUGAAAAGCAAAAAAACAAACAAAAAAAUAAGCAAAAUUACGGCUUAUUCACGGUCUCUCCCACUCAUGAUUGGAUCAAUUGGAUUGUCAAACUGAAAUAAUGUCAAAGUUGGUAUAAAAUCGGGUUUAUCACAGGGCAAGUGUAUUAUCAAAUUCUGGUUUCCUGAAAUGUUCGCCGUUCGAUCGGUAGUGGUGAGGCCGUUAAUAAAAAAGUUUUAGUUGCAUUGCAAGUGGGUGAAAAAAAUAGCUAUAUAUAUUAGCCGAUUUGUAUGGCCACCUAAAAGUCUGCGGCGCGUCCGUAGUUAACAUUACUGAUUACUAAAGCCCGAAAACUCUCUGUUUCCCCGGUGGCACAAAGUCACGAAUUUCAAUUCAAGCAAUCCUAUUCCGAAAUUACAUUAAUUCCUAUUCUAACGACAGUUGAAAUUUCUAACUUUGUGCAACGACGAAGCAAAGUUGCAACAAUUAAUUAGCCCUAAAUUUAUACAUCUAUUGGAGGUGCCAGACAAAUCUCUAGGAUCCAUUAGAGAUUUGAAUGGUAAUCUUUCCAUCAUAUUUUAAUCGUUUUAUGUUUAUUUUUUCCCUCUUAUCAAGUGCGCUUAUAAAUCGCAUUGCAAUAUAUAUUUAUAAACACAUAUAUUUACGUCUGUUCUGUAACUCUUCUAACUUGACUUUCGGCCGUUCUGUAUUCUGUGCUGCCACAUGGAACACCUAUAGCUUCUUUCAACUCCGACCAAAUAUCAAUCAUCGUACGGUAUAUAGAGAUAUAUACUACUAAGCUCAAGCUGGCCACGCCGAAAUCCCACCUGAUACAUAAAUUAUAUAUACACAUGAAGGAUAAUAUAUAUAUAUAUAUAGACAAAAGACGCUAUCAGAAACACAGACCAGUUCGGAUAUUCUAUCUAAAGAUUCUUUCUAUCUUUGUAUCUUUGUAUUUCUCAACUAACCUCUGCAUCGAUUUCGAUUCUUUUAUUUAGUGCAUAAGCUAUUGUGUUUUAUUGUUUUGCUUGAAACUAAUAAUGUAAUAAUACAUUAAUUUUGCAAUUGCAAAUGAAUUAUACAUCAAAUUAAAUCAAUAUUGUAUAUCAUUUUUACAUCUGCUGCAGAAAGCUAAGCUAGCAAGCUAAUAAGCUACAAACUCACAUCAAUAAAAUGCAAUUAAUCACGAAAUUUAAAUGUAAAAAUAUAUAUUUAAAUGAGCUGUUUUACUUUUGAUUAAAAGCAAAGCAUAACGAUAAACCAUUCAACUUAAUUUAUCAUAAAUGGGAAGAAAUUCUAUUUUUAAAUUGAGCCUAUAAAUGUAAUGCAUCAAUGUCGAAAAACAAAAAAUACAAAUUUCAAAUCUACAAAUAUUAUGUCAUCAAACAAUAAAAACUAAAAAAAAAAAAAUGAAUGAAAUUAAAACCCAAUUUGGAGCGAGUUUUAUUUAAUUGAAUAAAAAUCAGUUAAGAAUUUUGCUUCGAAUACGGAAUAAAGUUCUAUUUAUUAUUCAAAUUUAUUUUUAACGCACAGUGUUACACAUACAUACAGACACCUUAUCGAGCUCCGAACUCCUCCAUCGAUCUACACACUAUUUAAUACAUUCAUAUAUAUAUAUUUAAUUAUAUAUCUUUAGUUAAAUAUAUUUGUCUUGAACUUAGCCGCUAAACUAAAGAUGUAGGCAAUGGGGUUCAAUUGCUUCUUUUGCUAGUGUUUAUAGUCUUUUCAAAAAGCUUUUUUUUUGAAUUUUAUUUUUUAUUUGCUGCGAAAGUAAUUUACAAAAUGAAGCUGAAACAAUUAACUCUUUUAUGUUUUGGGGUUUUUUUUGCAAAUCUCUCUGCCACCGUUUUGUAUAAUCUCGAUUACAAAAUACAUCGAAAAAUUGUGGGAUUUUAGUACAUAGUUGAAAAUGUUUGCCUAGCGAUUCAUCAGAUUAUUUGUAGUAGAUUUGU